AACGCAGCAAGUAGCUUUAAAUACAAAUUACGAUAUGGGCGCUCUUUGGGCUAUCUAUUUAAUUUUUGUCUUCUUUGCGUUGUCUCAGUCUACCAUUAUUUCGCGGAAAUAUACUGCAAAACUGGAAAUGGAUGAUAAGAAAUCAAAUGACGAACUUUUAGGAGAAUACAAUUCUACAUCGGUUAUAGAGUGUGGAGCGCGCUGUCGAAGGGAGUGUAGUUUCUAUGGAUUUAAUCCUCGGAUGAAGAAUUGCCGAACCCACAAGAAGAUUUUCACGCCGUCGCUGUCUCAUGAGGAGGGCUGGAGAUAUUAUUCCCAUGACUUUAUUCCCAUAGAUUGUAAGGAUCUUCAUAAAGAUGGUCACACUAAUUCAGGAGUGUAUGAAAUUUAUCCCUAUGGAACCAUUACUAGUCCUGUCAGAGUUUACUGUGAUAUGGUAACAAUGGGUGGAGGAUGGACGGCAAUCCAAAAACGCGUAAACGGAUCUCUGAGUUUUGACAGGAGUUGGGCAGAUUAUAAAAAUGGUUUCGGUUCACCUGAACAGAAUGUCUGGGUUGGGAAUGACGUAAUACAUCAGUUAACAAAAGAAAAGAACCCAUUCCUUUAUGUGUCCAUCACUCUCCAAAAUGGUACAACGCUGUAUGAAAUGUACGAUCGAUUUUCUGUUUCCAAUGAAGCAGAGAAAUAUCAACUCUUUCUAGCAGGACCUGCCACGGGAACCUUAGGUACGUGUAAAUAA